GAGGCCACGCGGGUGAAUAAAGCGCGAAGCGAAGGAGUUCAGUCUCGAAACGAGGUUGCGGGUGAUAUAAUCAUCGUCAUAUGGAGGCGAGUUGGGCGCCGUGUUGGGCGAUUGUGCCUGCACGGACGCCUCCUUAAUACAAAAAGCAAUAAUUUUGGUUCGAGUUGAAAAAAUAAUAAAAAGGGAGCUGCGGAAAUAGAGACAAAGAAACUGGACAGAGGAUCGAUUGAACAGUGAAGAGAGGAAUAAAAACUUGUUCAUUGAGUAGAGAAAAAAAUUGGAAAAAUCGCGAGAUUUUCAAUCAGGAAGUAUAAAGCCGAGUUCGCGGAUGUAGAAACAACGUGAGAGAAGAGUCGUCUAGUGGUUAAAUAGGUUGAUCGAUCGACGGUGGUGUUGUCUAUGUGAGGACACAAGUAAAACUGGUGGCGUGUCGAGCUAUCACCACAGAAACACGAAUAUUCCCUAACCCAACUGUUUUUUUCCGUACGCUCUCGGGGUGCGGAAUUCGGGGACACUUAUGCAUCCUUGAUAUCGUUAUAUGGGUCAAGCCAGCCCGGCAACCCAAUCAGCGGAUUUUCCUAGGCCCUUCUGUCGCAAAGACGACCGACCCCUCUUAUGUUUAUAAGAGUCUAGCCACGAGAUUGCAACAACGCCCCACUACUCACAGCCGACCAUAGCCCCGUGACCCAAUCAGUAACGUAGCUGUUUGUACAGAUCCAAAGUAAAAAAGAAGAGAAUAAGAGAAUCGAAAGUUCAAAAGAAGAAAGCACCCUUGUGUGUUCUUCGUUAUCUCGGUAUGGCAAUCCCGUAGCUUUCCACGUGCGAGACUCAUUUUAUCCUUCGUUUCAUAACCUUUUUCUUGCUUUUUACCUCUUUUUAUUAUUCGAUUAAAGAAAAAGUAUUACCCCCUUAAGAAAAGCGGACUAGCACGGCUAUCGAUUAUUAGCUUUUCUUCUUUUAUACCACGAUCAAGUAUUUUUCGUUGUCGGAGAAUCCGAUAAUAAAAAAAAUAAUAAAAACACUAUUUUGCACGUCGCCCGAUAUCGAAGUACAUACCCGCAUAGAUGUGUCCUGCGUGUGACUCGCGUUAUUUCGUGUGUACAAACGAGUGUCAUAAUAAAGAAAACUGUGACAUAUCGUAUCUUCCUUUUCUCUUCGCUAUGAGAUUAACGUGAAAAAUAAAAGUAACGGUGAGAAAGUCGAUAAAAAUUCGUACGAAAAAAUGGCGUCGUGCAAACCACCGGAAAUGAGUUACACGUGCGAGAUUUGCGGUCUCGAAGGCUUCAACGACGAGGAAAUGAGAUCUCACAUGGUACUCUAUCACCUUCAGGGCGCGGCGAAUUGUCCUUUUUGCGACCUCGGUGAAAUAUCCCCAGCUGAAAUGCUCGUUCAUGUCAACAGUGCACAUUUGGAUUAUCUUACUCCCAGUACGCCGGAAAACGACGUGAUGGCGUUCAUCGACGACGACGGGAGUCUCGAGGAGCAUCGAAAAGAAGAUUGUCGUGGCCCUUCGUCCGCCAUGUCUCUGAGACCACCGCAUUUCCAGAACGGUUGGGGUAAUCCCUCGAGCGCGCACAGAUCGCCUGUGGCAAGAAAGUCGGAAAGUCCUUUGCCGCUCGUUAAUGUAAACAACAACAACAAUAACAACAAUCCGGCUAGUUCUGGCAACGCCGCAGCUGGCGCUGCUGCCGGCAACGUCAACAAUGCCGGUUCAUCCGUUCCGGAGAGCGCAGCGGGCCACGGGUCGCCAUUACGUUCGGGUUUGAAUCUGCAGCUUCGUUCUCACGCGUCCCCGAAACCACCGAUCCAAGAGUGUCCAAUGUGUCCGUACAGCUCGGACAGUCCGCUCAGACUCGAGGAACAUAUCAACCGGCAACACUUUGACCUUACAUCGCCGUCCUUUCCACCCGAGGAGUCUCCACCUUCCCGGGAAGGUGUUUUCAAUUGUCCCUUAUGCAUAACGUCGUUUCCGAACUCCUCCGACCUCGAAUUACACGUUAAUAUCGAGCACAAGGAUAUUUUGAGUCCAGCGAACGGUAUGACAUCGCAUUCGGAUAUGGCGUCGAGCGGUGGGAGCGACGCGACGCCGGCGUGUCCAGUUUGUCUGAGCACAAAUUUCAAAAACAACGAGGAACUUACCAUCCACAUAGAGGAACAUUUUACCAAAAAAAGUACACCGUCCCCGGCAACACCGGACGCUUCGACCGAUCGGCUGUUGGCGCGUGAUAUGGAGAGACGGGAAAAAGAAGUUCGAAGACUGAGAGAACAGAGGGAAUUUGAGAUGCUCAGAGCGCAAUACGGCAUGGACAAUCAGGGUAACUUCCGCGAACAAAGCGUUACGAACAUGCAGCGAGCCGUUUACGCUGGUGAAAUGUCUGUUGCUGAUUAUUACGAGAGAAAUUUUGAACUGAGGGUCGCCGAGAGCAGCGGAAUCGACGACGGAAGCUCGUGCACACGUGGUUUGGUGCCAAAGGUUCGAGCGGUUAGUCAAGCGUGCAGCAACGUCAUAAACACGUGGAUGUGUUCGACCGUGGAUCAUUACGGCUCGACGUACGGCGACAAAGGCUGGGGCUGCGGUUAUCGAAACAUGCAAAUGCUCAUAUCGUCGCUUCUACAACACACGGGUUACAACGAACUUGUUUAUCGUGCCUGGAGCUCGGGAUGCAGCAGCUCGACUGACAAUCCGUUGAGGAGCUCGAUGCCGUCAAUAUCGAGAUUACAACGAAUGAUCGAAUGGGCAUGGGCACAGGGCUUUGAUGUUCAAGGGGCCGAACAGUUGGGAGGGAAAUUAGUCAACACGAGGAAAUGGAUCGGCGCGACCGAGGUCGUAACGCUUCUAUCGAGUCUAAGAAUAAGAUGCCAGCUGAUAGAUUUUCACAGACCUACGAGUCCCGAUGGCGGACAUCCGGAAAUGUUCAAUUGGGUCUUGCAGUAUUUUCAAAAAUGUGACGACUUCAAGCCCCCGCUUUAUCUGCAACAUCAAGGUCACAGUAGAACGAUUAUGGGAGUAGAACAAUUGAGAGACGGUUCGAUAACGAUGCUGGUACUCGAUCCGAGUCACACGCCCGCGCAGAUGGGCCAAUUCAACAGUACGAGCAGUGCACCGAGCGCGAUGCGUUUAGUAAGAAAAUCGACGGCGGCGAUGAAGGCUCGACAGUACCAGGUGGUAGCGGUCACCGGGAUCAUGGACACGGAAUCUCGUUACCAAGUUCGCUAAUUUUUUUUAUUAUUUUCAAUGCUUCUUCCUUCAGCUGAGCAAAGUUCUGGGUUUGAUGAGAAUUCCAAUGGAAAGGUGAGAGUCGGCAGAAAUCAGAUGUACGUCGGGAGCGUGCCGAGGAUCAACAAUUAGAAAAAAUAACGCGCGCAUUGAGGCUGUUUUUCAAUACGUUCCCGCCACAUGAUCAUCCGGAUGUUGAAUGGGGAAUAAUAAAUUAGUGUUAUGUCAUUUAAAGAAUCGACGAAGUCCCGUUUUAAAUAGGAGAGAAAUCGGAUGGACUAGCACAUGACUCGCUUGCAUAUUCUUCACCGGAGCUGGCCUCGGUUUCGGAAGAGCAUUAAAUGUACUGGAUCAGUUAGCCGAAGCGAACAUUACGUCGUAAUAUUUCGACUCUAACGGAUAACGUUGAAGCAUUUGCUCUGUCACGGAAUAGAAAAUUCCGACGCCGCAGCAAUGUCAACGUAACUCGACGUGAGUUGACGAGGGAUGUCAAGAAAUUCCGUAUAGCUGUGAUGUUGCGUCGUUUAUCCUCAUUAAUUAGUCUUCGAAUCGAAUAUUCACUCUCGAGACAGAAGACGAAUAAAACGAGAGAGGAAACGCUUCGAUUUUCGUCAAUUUUUCUCUCCGUACUGUUAUUAUGAAAUAACAUUUAAUUAAUACAUGUAUACGGCUAAACAUACCACCUUCAUUUGUUCGCUUUAUUUGAUUUCUUUUUGGAUUUGAGGUGUUGAGGAUAUUUGCGAGAAUGAACGGUCAGUAACUUUGGUAAAUUCAUUAUUCAGUGUCGCGUUGGGAGUUUAAUUGAUUGGAAAACAACGACAUUUUUUUUCAGUUCUUAAUUUUCAAAGGGAGACAACAGUAUUUUUGCUUAUACUUUCAUUUCUCUAUUUCAAAUACGAAAUCAGUCAAAAUUUUGCUACGAAAAUAAUUAAAUAGCGACAAAAUACAAAUUUCAAUACGAUACUGUAGCUCUAGAGGAUGCAAAAAAAACUUCAAUCGACCAAGACUACGACUUUUGACAAAAUGACUCCCCCGACAAUGUUUUGUCGACUGCUUUGUUCUGCCACCGUACAAGAAAAUCUUCAUUCGUAAUCCUUCUCCUUCUCUCCUUAUACCUUUACGCUGCAACAAACUUCCUUUGACAAAUGUGUGGAACGAUGGAGCUCGUUCGUAAGAGAAGAAAAUUUCAAAUUCUGGAUUAAAUACGAAAGAACAUUUCGAUUAUAACGAACAUUAAUAUAAUAGACGGUGACAUUAUGUGGUCCGUAUGAAGUACAAUUUGUGUUUCGUACUAAACGAUGCAAAAGAUAUGAAAAAGAAAAUAAAUGAUACAUAAUUAUAUAUUCGUACUAAUGCAGAAUCAAUCGAAUUUCGUGUACUCACGAGUGAUGUGUCCCUUAUUUUUAAGUACACCGAAAAUUGCUGUGAAAGAUAUAAUUCAGUCCAUUCCUAUGAAUAUAAAUAUAUAUAUAUAUAUCGUCGCAGCUCGUCCGACAUUUGAAAUCUCCCUAUCGCAAAUAUAUAUUUACAUACACGCAAAGAAUGUCUCUUAUUGUUGACUCGAAAAAUCAAGUUUAUUAUCAAUGAUAUUAAAAUAACGAAUUACGAAUCUAAAUAUAUCGCUCAAUAAUCGGGCUCUUCGGAGAAAAAAAAGCGUUUCAAUGGAAUAUUCUCUCUAUUAUAAAUACACUUUGUGCAAUUACAUUGAAAAUAAAAAUCGUUUACUAUAUUUAUGCCAGCGUCGAACGGAAAAUACAGUGACACUAUGGAUAGUUAAUACCUUUGUGUAUAUAAAUAUAAUAUAUAUCAAUAUGAAUGUAGAUGUACGAUCACACAACUGAAUAUUCAAAAAUUGUGGCGAGGAUGAUUCAUUAAGAUUUUAUAUAGCUUUCGACAAACGAACGUACAUAUGAAAUGAAUAUUUCAUUAUAUUUAUGUAUAACUCAGAAAACAAAAUGCACCAUUCAUACGCAUAAGUAUAGUCUUUCCACCUGCAGACUACCACCACUAACGCCACAGUCUUAAAUACAUAAAUAUGUUUCUAUAGAAUGUAUUUAAUUAAGAUCAUUGGCUCAUUGGAAAAUAUUGUACGCACGGUUAAUGAAUAAUUCUGGGAACGAAUCUUUUUGUGACACGAAUAUAAUCUUAUUCAACCGCUACAAUGUUUGUCGGUUUUUGGAACAAAAAAAAAUAUAUAUGAUGCGCUUUAUUAGAAA